AUGGCUUUCCUUGGGAUCAGUGUUUCCAAUUUCACUGUGAACUUGCCGGGCAGGCUUUUCAAUGCCACCAAUGCCAGCCAGGUCUGCACUUUCUCCGUUAUAAGUGUGCUUCAACAGCGUUUAAACAUGUUUCUCAUCUCUGUGGCUCUGUGUCUCGUGGGCACAUUGUUGGCUAACCCACUGCUGGUGGUGCUUAUUUUGUUAACAAAACGGUUUCGCCAGGAGACAAGAUACGUGCUUCUGGCCAACAUACUGGUGGCAGACCUUAUUUUCCUACUUCUCAACAGCCUUAUAUCCAUAAGCGUAUCAGUGCAGCAAUGCAUGCCCACAUUGCUCUGUGAUGUUGCAGUUAUUGGACGAAUCGUAUCUGAAUUGAGCAGUGUCAUUACCAUCACAGUUAUGGCGAUUGAUACCUACGUGGCAGUUAGCUUCCCACUACGUUACUUGUCACUCAUAUCCCCGUCACGAACCAUCAAGCUUAUAAUCCUGAUUUGGAUUCUAGCAUCAAUGUACCCACUCAUCUUGCUAUCUGCAAUCCUGGCAAAGCAACCGGCUCUGACUCAUGGUCACAAGAUGUGCCUCAUGCUGCCACUCCCAGAAUUGAGCUCUUUUGAUCGCCACCUGAUAUUAGAAGUGAACAUUUUCCUUCUGUGCAUCAUUUUGCUCUUUUUCCCAAUGGUACUGUACUGCUACGUCAUGCUGUAUGUCAAAACAAGGAGCUCAGGCAUCUGGGACAGUGUCAAAUCCAGGGCGAGAAUGACUCUACUAAUACAUGGGAUAGUUCUCUUCCUGUAUUUCGUCCCCUGUUUGAUUUUUAGCUUUGAGAUUGUGUUCAGAGAUUCACAACUCAUCGGCCUCAGUGAUAGAAUAUGGCUCCACUCCAUCAACAUUUACGUUUUCAUGAUGCUCCCACGACUGCUGUGCCCUUACCUUUAUGGUUUGAGGUACAGGGAAUUGGCAGAAGCAGUCAAGAGGCUACUUACAAUAAGAACCCAUCGCGUACAUGUGAUAAACACAUAG